AUGCAUCUCACCCUCCUCACCAGCCUCCUCGGCCUAGCCCUGGCCAUGUCCAUGCCCACCUGCACCGCGGCCCAAAACACCAGCACAAACGCCCCCGUCGUGACCGACAACGAGCCCGUCUCCGUGCACCACGCGUCCCUCCUACCCAAGGCCAACACGACCGUCUACGGCGGAAUCACCAUCUCCUCGCGGCUGAGCUCGCCCGCGCUCGCGGUGGACGUGUACAUCGGCGGGAUCCCCGAGGGGCAGUUUCUGUACUACCACAUCCACCGGGCGCCCGUCCCCGCAGACGGGAACUGCUACGGCACCGGCGCGCAUUUGGACCCCUACGGGCGCGGCCAGCAGCCGCCCUGCAACAUCACGGCGCCGAAUACGUGCGAGGUUGGCGAUCUGAGCGGGAAGCAUGGCGUUGCGUGGGCGCCGAGCGGCGAGGUGUUCCGGGCGAGCUACAGUGAAUUCUUCCUUGCGAAUACGCCGGGGGCGGCGGCGUAUUUCGGGGAUCUGUCGUGGGUUGUUCAUGCGCCGAAUAGCGAUCGCUUGACUUGUGGGAAUUUCGAGGUGGUUGUUCCUGCUGGGGGUGCGGGGGACUAUGAGGAUGAGGAUGAUGAGGUUGUGGCGGAGUGGAGGGCAUAA